CGUUUGGUAGUUGCUGGAGGAAGUGCGGCAGAAUGUUGCAGUGUGAAAAUGAAUUAAGACGACUGAUAAAAACCGCAGGUCUUUGACUAUUGCAGUGUAGACAAUUAAAACAAAACAACUGUAAUAUGGUCUGCGUGUUUCUAGCCUCACGGUGCGUCAGAUGACAAAUUCAUGAGCAUACCCUACCGGUCCGAUUUCCGAGUAGUACCAACUUCUGGUCUUCAAACAUUUCUACUUCCGUAUCCAGAAGUUACUGCCACUGUGGCUGGAAAAGAAACCAACUAGCUUGCUUGCGGAAUUGAGUGGAAGCGAUGGAGAAGAUAGAGCUGCCCCCUCUGGGGCCCGAUGACCUCCCACUGUCCCUGCUGGAGAUGGGCUGUUCAGGGAGGUUUGAGCUGGUGUCUCGGCCAAUCACAGGAGACCUGCCGCUACACCCACAGAGUACGCUCCCCCACGGUCUUCCCCCGAUUGGCCCAGACCUGCAGAUGGAGGUGGAGAGACGCUUCCUGCGCGACCCCGAAUGGCUUCCCAUACACAACACUGACUCAGCCUUCCAAAAGUUCCUCAGGCUGGCUCAGAGGGAGAGGCAGGUGGACUCCCUCCUGCAUUGCACUGUCUCCCCUCUCCACUCAGGACUCUCAGUGGUCCGAGAUCCCACCACCGGAAUGCUGCUGGACUUCACAGAGGUGUUGUUGGAGGAUACGGGCCUGUCCUCGAAGAACUCCCUGUCCCUCCAGCGGCCCCCGGGCCCCCCGUCAGAGAGCCUGAGAGGGAGCCACACCAGCUACCCCUUCCUCCCAGGAGGAAUGGAGGAGCUGACUCUUGACCAAAUCAGAAACAGGACUGAAGCGGAGGAAGACAUCGACUUUGAGAAUGGUUUGCUGACAGUGGCCCCUGGAUUAAAGACUGGGAUGGACUUUGGUGACAAAGACGCCAAGGCACCAGUGGGCAAAGUCAACCUGCUGUCCCUCUUGUCCACUUUUGAUGACAUCAUCGACGCUCAUCCAGAGGGAGAGGCAGAGGAGGGAGGGAAGGGAAGUGGAGACACCGCCAAAAUACCCCGAACAAACAGUCUGGAGGACCUAGGGAUCAAGGAGGCUGUGCCCACUCCAUCACCGGCCCCCGGCCCUGCAGAGGGGAGGAGAGAUGGAGAGAAGGGACGGGGAGGAGAAGAGAAGGAUGGAGAGAAGAAGAAGUGGGCUGUCCCUGUUGACAUCACCUCCCCCUGCGACGACUUCUACAAGCGCAUCCCUCAGCCCGCCUUCAAGUGGCCGUUUGAGCUGGAUGUGUUUCAGAAGCAGGCUGUUCUGAGGCUGGAGGCUCAUGAGUCUGUGUUCGUGGCGGCGCACACGUCAGCCGGCAAAACCGUGGUGGCCGAAUACGCCAUCGCUCUGUCACAGAAACACAUGACCCGGACGAUCUACACGUCCCCCAUCAAGGCGCUGUCCAAUCAGAAGUUCCGAGACUUUAAGACCACGUUCGGUGACGUUGGGCUUCUGACGGGCGACGUGCAGCUCAACCCAGAGGCGUCCUGCCUCAUCAUGACCACCGAAAUCCUCCGGUCCAUGCUGUAUAACGGCUCUGAGGUCAUUCGGGACUUGGAGUGGGUCAUCUUCGACGAGGUCCAUUACAUUAACGACACUGAGAGAGGGGUAGUUUGGGAGGAGGUGUUGAUUAUGCUCCCUGAUCAUGUCAGCAUCAUUCUGCUCAGUGCCACAGUACCCAACGCCGUGGAGUUCAGUGAGUGGAUAGGACGCAUUAAGAAGAGGCACAUCUAUGUGAUCAGCACAGUAAAGAGGCCGGUUCCUCUGGAGCACUUCCUGUACACCGGCAACAGCACCAAGACCCAGAAAGAGCUCUUCCUGCUGGUGGACUCUACAGGGAACUUCCUGACCAAAGGGUACUAUGCUGCUGUAGACGCUAAGAAGGAGCGCACCAGUAAACACGCCCAGUCAUUUGGAGCCAAAAGCUCCUCCCAGAACACCACAGCCAGUCAGGACCGUGCGGUGUGGCUGUCUCUGCUCCACUUCCUGUCGGAGAGGCAGCAGACUCCCGUGGUGGCGUUCACGUUCUCGCGGUCGCGCUGCGACGAGAACGCGCGUUCACUGUCCUCCAUGGACCUGACCAGCUCGCAGGAGAAGAGCGACAUCCACUCCUUCUUCCAGAAGAGUCUGAGCCGCCUGCGGGGCGGGGACCGGCAGCUGCCACAGGUCCUGCUCAUGAGGGACCUGCUGAAGAGGGGCAUCGGCGUGCACCACAGCGGCAUCCUGCCCAUCCUCAAAGAGGUCAUCGAGAUGCUCUUCUCCCGGGGCCUGGUGAAGGUCUUGUUUGCCACGGAGACGUUUGCCAUGGGCGUGAACAUGCCGGCGAGGACUGUGGUGUUCGACAGCAUCCGGAAACACGACGGAACUGGAUUCAGAAACCUGCUGCCAGGGGAGUAUAUCCAGAUGGCAGGACGAGCCGGCAGGCGGGGUUUGGACGCCACAGGAACCGUCAUCAUCCUGUGCAAGUCGGGCGUGCACGACAUGGGAGACCUCCACGUCAUGAUGCUGGGUAAGCCCAUGGUCCUGCAGUCGCAGUUCAGGCUGACCUACACCAUGAUCCUCAACCUGCUGCGUGUAGAGGCCCUCCAGGUCACCGACAUGAUGAGGCGGAGCUUCUCCGAGAACCACAGAGACACUCAGACCCAUGAGAAGACGAUUGUGCAGCUGAAACAGAUGCUGGCCUCCCUUCCCCCUCUGGACACCGAGGGCCAACUGUCAGACCUGCUGCCAUACUACUACACCCUGACUGAGCUACGCGUGACCUCCCAGGGCUUACAGAGGGCUGUACUGGAGUCAGUGAGUGGCCUGAAGGCCCUGUCUGUGGGCCGGGUGGUGGUGGUGAGCAACGCACAGCACUGCAACGCACUGGGAGUCAUCCUGCAGGUCUCCAGUGACUCAGUGAACCGCACUCUCACGGCCCUCAUCCUGUGUGAGAAAGGAAAUGAGGAGUUGGGGGCGGAGUCUGAAAAGGCCAUCCCCCUGCCCCACCUCCACAGCUCCGCCCUCUUCAUACCCGAAGGUCCCUGCAGCCACACAGUGCAGAAGCUAAAGCUUCAGGAUGUGUCUGGCAUCACCACCAAAACGCUGAAGGUCAUUCCAGAGAGGAUCAUCGACAACUACAACAAACGGCGGCAGCCGAGGUUCAGGCUGGAUCCCCCAGGCCAGGCCAUCUCCACGGCAACCCAAGAGCUCCUGCGAUUGGCUGAGGCCAGCCCGGGGGGCAUGUUGACCCUUGACCCCGUGAAUGACCUGCAGCUGAAAGGUGUGGAGGUGGUGGAGGCAUGUCUGAGGGUCAGAUCGCUACAGGAAGCCCUGAAAGAGUUCACCUGCGUCCACUGCCCCACCUUCUCCCAGCAGUUCCUGAGGGUGCAGGAGAGGAUGGGCCUGCAGGAGGAGCUGGACAGGCUGCUGUUCCUCGUGUCUGACAAGUCCCUGACCCUGCUGCCUGAGUACCACCAGAGAGUGGAGGUGCUGGAGGCCCUGGGCUACGUGGAUAAGAAGGGUGCGGUGCAGCUGAAGGGCCGCGUGGCGAGCCAGAUCAGCAGCCACGAGCUCCUUCUGACGGAGCUGCUGUUUGAGAACACCCUCAGCCCCCUGGCCCCCGAGGAGAGCGCCGCCCUGCUGUCCUGCCUGGUGUUCACACAGAACACACACACCUGCCCCCACACCACCAGCACCCUGCAGGAGAGUAUUGACCGCGUGCUGUGUGUGGCUCAGCGUAUCGGGGACCUCCAAAGGGAUUGUGGGAUAGCACAGACAGCCGAGGACUUUGUGGCCCAGUUCAAGUUUGGACUGACGGAGGUGGUGUACUGCUGGGCCAGAGGAAUGCCGUUCUCAGACCUGGCCCAGCUGACGGAGGUGCAGGAGGGCACGGUGGUGCGCUGUAUCCAGCGGCUGGAUGAAGUCCUGAAGGAAGUGCGGCAGGCGGCACGCAUCAUCGGAGACUCCGUCCUGGGCAGCAAGAUGGAGAGGGCCUCGCUGGCCAUCCGCCGAGACAUCGUGUUCACCGCCUCGCUCUACACACACUGAACCACUGUGUGUGUGUGUGUGUGUGAGUGUGUGAGUGUGUGAGUGUGUGAGUGUGUGAGUGAGUGUGUGUGAGAGUGAGUGUGUGUGAGAGUGUGUGUGUGUGAGAGUGAGUGUGAGAGAGAGUGUGUGUGUGUGUGAGAGUGAGUGUGUCAGUGUGUGAGUGUGUCAGUG